AGCAGAGGGCGUUGUCUGCUCGYCCAGCGAGCGGAAAAGUCCUCAGCCUGGUGUUAGCGGUGUGUGCUCGGAGCUGCUUGUUUGUUUUUGUUUAGUUGUUUUUGUUUACGCUUUGUGUCCGGUAAACAAGAUGGCCGGCACCGCGUUAAAGAGGCUCAUGGCUGAAUACAAACAGCUGACCCUGAACCCACCUGAAGGCAUUGUUGCAGGUCCGGCCAAUGAGGAGAACUUCUUCGAAUGGGAGGCGCUCAUCAUGGGUCCAGAGGACACGUGUUUCGAAGGCGGAGUCUUCCCCGCCGUCCUCAGCUUCCCCUCGGAUUAUCCUCUSAGCCCUCCGAAGAUGAGGUUCACCUGCGACAUGUUUCACCCCAACAGUAAGUCUGCCACAGGCUCCRCCCCCGACGGCGGGUUUAGAUGCUCAGAACGCCGAGUCGUGGAUGAAACCAGCCUGUGUYUGGACCCUGUUAUUGGACCCGUCACAACAYGCCUCGUUAGCCUGCUGUCAUUAACGCCAAGAUUAGUGGAGCCGAACGAUGAGAGCGGCGCCAACGUCGAUGCGUCUAAGAUGUGGCGCGAGGACAGAGAGCAGUUCUACAAACUGGCUCAGAAGAUCGUUCGCAAGUCGCUGGGCCUGUAGAGAUGAUGUCAUCACGCCGCUCUGCGUGUGUGUGGUGGCGCGUAGCUCAGAUACAGACUGUGGAGCAUCAACACUGUUACCAUGGAAACCUCCGACGCACACAUACACGCAGAGCUGCAGUUUGAUACCUCAAUGAACUGACGGAUCAGAGGCUGAUCGGAUACAGUGACAUCACCAGGAGACCCAGCAGCAGCCUGUCAUGACCUCACUUCCUGUUUGUCGCCCCUCCUCCCCUGCUGUUGGCUCAGAUUGAAGUUUCUCAGCCGACUGUUUGCACUUUAUCUCCUCCUGGUGGUCACCGUGGUGGACUUCAGUUUGUUUUGUUUUUUUUACAGCUGAGCUGAAGGAGUUUCUCUGGGUUUCCUUUCAAAAAUAAUUGGUUGAAAACAGAAUUUUGAGCUCUUUGUUUCUCUAAUUUCUUAUUAAUUUCUUUGUUGAGAAACUAAGAGCUUCUUUAUGUUUCUGUUUCUGGUGUCAAACUGAUUUUAAAGCAUGUUGACCUAAACUUAAUAAAGCAGCGUUUCUGUUUCAGGA